AUGAAUGUGGACUUUCCCACACCCGACUCACCCAAUAAUAACAGGACUCCACGAAAUAUAACUAUUUUAUUACUGGGUGAGACCGGUGUGGGAAAGUCUACUUUCAUCAACGCGUUCAUCAAUUACUUGACUUACGAGACCUUGGAUGAGGCCAGUCGUAGUCCCAGAUGUCUAAUACCCGUCUCAUUUACGAUCGCUGAUCAGCGAACCUAUAAGUCCCAAACAGUUAGGUUAGGUACGGUCGACACCAAUGAAAACACGCAAAACACCACCGAAUCGGCCACACAGUAUCCCCGGUGUUAUCAAUUCACUAAUGAUUCAAUUGUGCUCAACAUCAUCGAUACUCCGGGUAUUGCCGACACUAGUGGCAUCGAUAAAGAUAAGACAAAUAUGAGAAAUCUGUUGCAAUUUAUCUCUAAUUAUCCGGAAAUUAACGCCAUUUGUGUGCUCUUAAAGCCUAACAACGCUAAGGUUGACGUGUCUGCGGCCGAUAACAUACUGUUCCUGUUUACUAACGCCCGGUCCACUCACUAUGCACCGGGAGAGUCGGGGCCGGCAUUAAUGGCAUUGUUAGAUGUUAUUAAGCAAAGGCCUCCCAAUGUGGACAUAGAGUACAGCCGGGAUACUAUCUAUUGCUUCGAUAACGAGGCCUUUCGUUACGCCGUGGCUACCGGUCCUCCAAAUAAUAUGGUUUUUGGUGAUGACUUUCAACGCGAUUAUCGGAAUAGUUGGAAACGUUCAAUAGAAGAAUGCGAGCGACUAAUGGAUCGGAUUAUAAAACUAAAUCCUCACAAAGUGAUGGACACCCUAUCCCUCAAUAACGCCAAACAAAACAUACUUCUAUUGACUCAACCAUUGGCUGACAUCGCGAAGAACAUCGCCGAUAACCAAAAGCAAUGUGAGAUACAUAAGCGCCGUAUACGUGAACACAAGGGCUCUAUCGAGGAACUGGAGAAAGAGCUAUAUAUCCCUUCCGUGGAAGUAGUGUCGACCCUACUGUACAAACCAGUAACAGUGUGUGGGCACAAAAAUUGUUGCGAAGUAUUGAAUGAGACAGGUAACAUCAAGACCCAUUACAAAACCUAUUGCCAUUCACCAUGCUACUUGAACUCCGACGAUGGUAAUGUGGUGGGUAAUACAGGCUUGUUGGAUUGUCAAGCGUUUAAUAAGUACGAGCGCACUGGCCCAGAUAACUAUGUCGACCCGAGCAACCUACAACCUGAUCAAAGUUAUGAGAUUAAUUCCGAUGGUAAAGUUAAAGCUACACCAACCAAGCGCGUUCAAUCAGAAAACUGUAAUAAUUGUGGCCAUAGUUAUCAGGUACAUUUACAUACUAACUACGAAACACAAAUGAAAAACAUCAAGGUAGUUGAUAAGACUAAAUUGACAAAGAUCACUAACGAUAAGGAGAAAGUAGAGGCUAAAGAGUCUAAAAUCAAGGAACUGGAGGCUAAAAUGAGUGAACUAUCGCAUGAGACCCGGACUAUCAGCACAUGUAUGGCUCGGUUCGCGUGUUUCCUAAAACAUAACGCUUUGACCCCUUUUAACGACGCGUUCGGCGAUUAUGUCAAGCAUUUGAUCGAAAACGAGAAAAGGGGCGGAAGUGUAGCCGAAAAGGACAGUCGACUUACGGUUCAAAAGUUGGAGGAAGUGCUGGACAGGUAUAACAAGGAGUCGGCCGUCAUUAUGAAGGAAUUGGAGAGGGCUGGCCCGAGAAAGUCCGAGAUAUCGGUGAAAGAUAUCGAGGAGAGUAUCCGUGAAUUGUGUCAAUUGAAACACAGUGGCGGAACAAUUAGGAAGAUGUUGGACGUCCAGAAGCAGUUCAAGGCCCAGUGCCAUCAGUACGCUAAAGUGGUGGUCAAUGAGUUGCCUAGGUUACCCUGA